UCCUCCUCUUCCGAGCGGGGUCACGAUACCGCCGGCGGGAUCCGGGAUUCCGAGAGUGAGGGCUGCUCGGCGGGUUAGGGCGGUCACCGGCUGGAGCCAUGACCGCGAACCUGCGCACCGCGCUCAUUUUCGGCGGCUUCAUCUCCCUGAUCGGCGCCGCCUUCUACCCCAUCUACUUCCGGCCCCUAAUGCGGCUGGACGAAUACCAGAAGGAACAAACCAUAAAUCGAGCUGGUAUUGUCCAAGAAGACGUGCAGCCACCAGGGUUAAAAGUGUGGUCGGAUCCAUUUGGCAGGAAAUGAAAAGGCUAUCACCACCUCUGAUUAUGAAAGUAGACAGAGUCUUCAUGCUUUCAUUUCUGUAGCAAGUACAAUAAAUCACCUGGCUAAAGAACGAUGGCUGGAGAAGAAAACUCUAGAAGGCUGUAAAGAAGAGUAGUGUGCACCAGGAUUAAUUCCCUUCUUAAGUAUCAAAAGAACCCUGAAACAAAUCACACCAUUACAAAGGUUUUCAUGAUUUGGUUUCCUUUCUAAAAAUGAAGCUUUCUCACCCAGCUGCAUUUGGAGGUGAUCUACUUAUUAUUCAGUCUCUACCUCUUACCCACCUGAGCUGUGACAUGAAUACAAGCAACCCGUAGACUUGGGAAGAUCCUAGUCUGUUCUGCCGUCUUCCAAAUAAGAAGUUUCAGUGAAAACCCACCAUAUUGAGCAGCCUCCUAGGGCUCUUUGAAAAUGUUAAAGUUGAUAAAACUCUUUGAGGACAAGGUACAUUGUACUCUUUAAGAAUAAAGAGUACAACUCAUCUAUCUCAUCGGGAGGGUUGCUGCAUUUUGAAAAAUAAAUAACUAUGAAGCAAAUCAAGCUAAAUGGGUAUGCACGCCUAGUAGAAAUCAUGUUGAAUUAACUGAGUGAAAAUAUGUAUAUUAAAAUGAUUUCUUUUUACUUCACAAUGGUGUAAGAUUUUUUGUAAAUCCUUCUUUGUAAGCGCAUUAAAUGAUACCCAGAAGUAUUAUUUGACUACAUUAUAUUUGACUAGGUAUUUGACUGUUUGGUGUUUGUAUACAAGUAAAAUUGUAUACAAGUAAAAAUCUUAAAGGUAAAUAGCAAAUGUAUUGAGACAGAUAUUUAUUGAAUGCGAUUCUCUACCAGAUACCUCACCAGGUGCUGCAAAGAUGAACAUGAGAAUACGAAUUUCUUUCUCUAGUGCUCUCUCUGGCCCCUUACUAGAUCAUGUGCUUUUGAAAGACACAUCUUUUUCGUUUUUACAUUUCCCAGAGUGCCUUGCACAUUACUGUACGCUGUCUUUUAGAUGAGCUACCUGAUGACAUAAUUUUAUUAUUGUGAACUGGGAGAUGGCUUAACAGACAACUGGCAUAAUUAUGUUAAUUACUGUCAAAAAAAAAGAUUGAUAGUUCCAAAACCAAAGUCAUCAUUUUUGGUAGGCAUUCCCUAACAUUUAAUUGACUUACAGUUAACAGCCUGAUAAAAGAACUGACUCAUUUGGGGGACAUUUGACCACUCUUUUCCUUGGAGGGGGCACCAAAAGGUUGUGUGACUUAAGAGUCAAGCCCCUUGUGGGUGCUUAAUCGAGAUUCCUCUGUGACUGAGGCCAGCGCCUAUACAUCUGCUUUGGAAGAUAUCCAGGCUGAAAUGACUGUGUCUGCGUGUCAUAGACAAGAACUUUGGGGCCUCGAUGGCCUGUUUGUCGGCUGAAACAGACUCAGUUUAGUCUCCUGAGUGAGACCUAUGUCCUGGCCUUGACCCUACCUUUGGUCCACCUCUUUGCAGAGAUAAAGAGGCUUUCUGUGCUGCUCAGCUGCCUUGAUGCUUAUAAAAGGAUUGCUCUUGAUGUUCUCAGAGCUGUAGUGUCAGUCUGUGCUGCCCACGCUUGACAAAAGCCAGGUUGUAAGAGAUGCUACUUGGGAAGACUGACUGAGGGCCUGGUGGUUCAUCCACACUCCUCCCAGGUGUGCCUCCAGGAUGAUGAGGAAAGCACUCGAAAGAGGGGAUCUUAGUCAAAUACAGUUAGGAAACAGAGAGUUCAAGUUAAUUAGGUUUAUUUGCUUCUAAUUUGACAAUUUCCAAGAGAGACCUAACAUUUCCCAAGUAUAUUUGAUCACAGAACAUUUUUUUACCAAUUAUCUUCUGGGCCUAGUGACCAACAACAUCCUUUUGGGAACAUUCUCCAAAUAGUCUCGGGACCCUUUAACACUCAGAAAUUUUUGAGAACUCCAAAGUGUUUCUUCUUAGGUGGGUUAUAUCUAUAGAUGCUUACUAUAUUAGAAAUUAAAACAAAUUUUUCAUUUACGAAUAUCAAUAAUAAACCCAUAGGUUACUAUGA